AUGUUUGCUUCAAUAAUCCUGCUAUGGCUCCUUCUUGUCUUCAUCUUCCUUCAACUCAAAUCCCGGAGACCCAAGAACUUUCCCCCAGGACCCCUUGCCCUGCCGAUAGUGGGGAGCAUUCUGCACCUGAGCCUAGAUAACCCCCUGAAGGGCUUUGAGAGGCUGAGGAAGACUUAUGGAGAUGUCUACAGUCUGUUCUUCGGUCUCAAACCAGCUGUGGUCAUCAAUGGGAUGAAGGCCAUGAGGGAGGCUAUGUUGACCAAGGGUGUGGAUUUUGCUGGAAGACCCCAGGACAUGUAUGUCAAUCAUGCCUCCCGACAGAAAGGUUUAAUUCUGGCAGAUUACGGCUCUGGUUGGAGGGAACAGCGUCGCUUUGCUCUGAUGACCUUGAGGAACUUUGGUCUGGGGAAAAACUCAAUGGAGGAGAGGAUUCAUGCAGAGUUAGAGUACAUCAUUGACAAACUGGAUGAGAGCGUUGGUAAAUCCUUCAGUCCUCAGGUUAUGUUUCACAAUGCAUCCUCCAACAUCAUCUGCCAGGUUCUGUUUGGAAAACGCUAUGAGUAUGAUGAUGAGUUCAUCAAAGUGAUCGUUCAAUGUUUUACUGAGAACGCCAAGCUGGUCAAUGGACCAUGGGCUAUGCUGUACGACUCUUUUCCCCUGAUUCGUGGCCUGCCACUGCCCUUCAAAAAGGGAUUUAAGAAUCUUGACACUUGCCUGAAUCUCGCAGCUGGUUUGGUGAAAGAACACAAGAAGACCAGAGUUCCUGGAGAGCCUCGAGACCUUGUUGACUGCUAUCUGGAUGAACUGGAUAAGACACGCAAGGAUGGUUCUUUCCUUUCGGAAGAACGACUGUCGAUGUAUACUCUGGAUCUGCACUUUGCUGGGACUGACACUACCUCCAACACCCUACUGACUGGUUUCCUCUAUCUAACCACCUUCUCACACAUACAGGAGCGCUGUCAGCAGGAGAUAGACAGUGUGUUGGGAGGGAAGGAUAAGGCCAGCUUUGACGACAGACACAACAUGCCUUAUGUGCAGGCUGUGAUCCAUGAAGUGCAGAGAGUAGCCAACACUGUUCCCCUCAGUGUCCCCCACUGUACCACCAAAGACACGGAGCUCAUGGGAUAUUCCGUUCCCAAGGGUACUCUGAUCAUCCCUAACAUGAUCUCAGUGCUGAACGAGGAGGGACAGUGGAAAUAUCCCAAAGAAUUCAACCCUGAGAACUUCCUCAAUGACCAGGGAGAGUUUGUGAAGCCAGAGGCCUUCAUGCCUUUCUCUGCAGGUCCUCGAGUGUGUCUUGGAGAGGGUCUGGCUCGCAUGGAGCUCUUCCUCAUCAUUGUGACUAUGCUGAGGAAGUUUAAGUUCACCUGGCCUGAGGAUGCAGGAGAACCAGACUACACUCCGGUCUAUGGAGUCACUCUGACUCCUAAACCUUAUCACAUGAAAAUCCAACUCAGGGAGACGCAGUAAGGCCACUUCUAAUGGUAAAUAAUGUAGUGAACUUUAGGGCAUCAGACAACAACCAACCAAUAUAUUGAUCUAUACACCUAUCAUAGAAUAGAAUAGAAUAGAAUAGAAUGCCUUUAUUUGUCACUAUACGUAUGUACAAUGGGGUUAAAAGAUGACUCCAAAAGCAGUGCGACAAUAAAUAAAAUAUAUAUAAAAUCUAAAAAUAUAGAAUAUAAACAUAUGCAAGUAAAUGUAAAGGAAAAGGAAAAACACCUAAUUUUACUUCUGGUAAACUGGUAGAUUUUCUCACACAUUAAGAGAACACAGUAACUUGUGUCUGUAACAAUAUACCAGUAGUUAAUGUUUUUUUAAUGAUAUAAUGAUUUCUAGUUUUUUUGAUACUGAGCCCUGAUGCUUGUAUUUUCAUACAUAAUACAGCUGUACAGAGCACACUUCAAGUACAUUCCUGUAAUUCAAACCAAUCAAAUGUAUAUACUAGACAACUAAUAGCUCUGCUUUGAAUUAGGAAAAAGAUCCAAGUGGUUUU